AUGACGCCAACGCCUCCUUCGGCUACCAUCUCAUCCACCAGUCGGUCUCCCGAACCACAGUUCCGGGUUGUCCGUAAGAGAAACAGAGUUCCUCUAAGUUGUUACCCUUGCCGGACAAGAAAGAAGUGUGACAGGUCUCACCCAUGUAGCAACUGCACCAAGCGUGAAGGGGCAGACACUCUUUCCUGCUCUUACGCCGCCCCCGUAUCCCGCAGGAAGAACCAGAGUCAAGGGGAGCCCAGUCCAGAUGAUAUGCAGAACCGCAUCGACAGGUUAGAGGGCCUCGUCUUGUCGUUGAUGCACGGCGGAGGCACUGUCGACGUGCCCUCGUUACCUGGUGGGUCCUCGGUCUCGUCAUCGGGCGGCGCUGCUUCCAACCCCUCGCCGUCAACUGCAGACACCAGCUCGUUGCCGGCCAAAGCUGAAGGACACGAUGACGGCGCCAUGCAGGAUGAGGAUGAGAGCGAUGUUGACGGCGAUCUGGCGCAAUCUAUGGGCAUUCUGAAGGUGCUGGAUUCAACUCGGGCAAAGCAUGUCUAUCUCGGGGAGCAACAUUGGUACACAGUCCUCUCCGAGAUCUCCGAGGUUAAAAACUACUUUGCAAACCACAAGAAGGACCUGGAGAGCGGCUACGAGAGGAUCAAGCAGACCAAGCCCCCGAACGCGCAACAACCACCCAUCUUGCUGAUGGGCGCCACUCCCGCCAGUGAGGUUGAGCUCCGAGCGGAGCUGCCGCCAAAGUCGAUGGUCAUGGCAUUGUGCAAGAGGUAUUUCCAUUCGAUAGAGAACGCCGCCAACGUUAUCCACGUGCCGACAUUCGAGGAGCAGCUCCGCAAGCACUGGCAAGACCCAUCCAAGACGCCCAUCAUGUGGCUGGCUCUGCUGUAUGCAAUCCUGUGUAUGGCAAUGCUGAGCUACCACAAGGUUGGAGAUGAGCCAGCCGAAUGGAAGGGCCGUACGCUCGAGCUGGCGGAUGAGUACCGCCUAAGGACGGUGCAGUGCUUGAUUGCCGGCGACUACACCAAACCGGGACAGUACACGGUGGAAGCCAUGACGCUGUACUCCUUUUGCGAGUAUUCGUCUCGCUGGGACGCGGACUUGAGCUUGUGGAUCAUCCUAUCCAUGGUUGUGAGAAUCGCGUUCCGGAUGGGCUACCACCGAGACGGGAAGUACUUUCCCGAGCUCACGCCCUUUGAAGCGGAGAUGCGACGCAGGAUCUGGGCAGUCGUUAGGAUGCUCGACGUUUUCUUUUCGCACCAGAUAUCUCUGCCUAGCAUGAUCAAUGAAAAUGACUGCGACGCCGAGUUGCCCCACAACAUCUUUGACGAGGAUUUCGGGCCGGACACAAAGGUGCUGCCCCAAUCUCGGCCCAAUGCUGAGCCGACGCCUAUCAGCGGCCUGAUAUUCAAGCUCAGGUACACUCUCCAGCUUGGAGCCAUCCUGCAGGCGACAACCAGGGUGAAGAACCAGGUGCACUACGACGAGAUCCUUCGCUUUGACGCCAAGUUGCGCGACAUCAGGGCCGAGCUGCCGCCCCAUCUGAAGAUGCAGCCGCUUGGGGGACCCGAGGUGCCCAUGUCGUUGGUCAUGGGGCGGUUCAACUUGGACAUUCUCUAUUUGAAGAUUAUGUGUCUCCUCCACAGGAAAUACAUACCUCGGGCGAGACAUAACCCCCGAUAUGCGCACUCUCGGCGCAGCGCCAUCGAGGCGUCACUGGAGACGUUGCGACACCUGGCGACGCUGCACCGAGAGUCGCAGCCAAACGGGCGGCUGGCGUCCAUCAAGUGGUUUGUGAAGUCGGCGGCGGCCAAGGACUUCCUCCUUCCGGCCAUGCUGAUCGCACUGGACUUGCAUUUUGACAAUGCUAGCCAGGGUCCGGAGGGGGGACGGCGGGACUCGCACUACACGCGUUUCUGGACCCGAGAGCAGCGCCAAGAGAUGAUCUGCAGCCUCGAGCUUACGAGGGACGUCUGGAAGGGACUCACGGACAGCUCGAUGGAGGCCCUCAAGGCGUACAAUAUCAUCAACGUGAUGCUCACCAAGAUCAAGAGCUCCGGGGAUCCGGACGGGCCGGCAACUUCAGCAAUGUUUGGAGGAGGCAGAGACUCCAUAGGGAUGCAGGCGGCGCAGUCAGCCGCCAUGACGCCGGGCAUGCUCUCCAGCGGCGGGAUGGUGCCUGAAGCGUCAACGGCAUUCAACGGAGUGCAGACGUCGGUGAGCCCCACGUAUGCGGCGGCGGUCAACCUGAACUACGGCGCGGCCCUUGCUGGCAUGGGCCCUAGUCCGGGAUCGAGCACGGGUACGGCGAUGGGAGGCGGCGUCACCGCAGCAUCCGAGUUUCCCAACCCGAUGCUAGGGUUCGAUGGCGUGCAGUCUCCAUUGAGCAUGUUUGAUAGCAUGGCGAGCAGCAACAUGGACUAUUCCAGCAACUUCGAUUGGGACUCGUUUGAGAGUUACGCGCAAACUGCGCACUGGGGCACCGAGUCGGUGCCGUUCUUUUCCGGCAACGCGGAACCGUCACAGCAACAGGCGCCGGCAGAUGGUGCUCAGGCAGCAUAUCCCUACGGCUUAGAUCUCACGGGACUCGGAGCAAUCUGA